UUUACUAUCUCCCACAUGAGUGUGUUGCUAAACGAACGAAUGGUGCUGUAGUGUAGUCUAGAGUGGAGCAAAAGCCAGAUAUUUGCUUGUGUUGACCAGUGGCGACGAGUAGUUUGACCUUGUAUCUAACUGUUCCACAAUAAAGCCAGUCAAAGCUUUCUGUCUGCGGGAGCGUGAACACGGUGUUGAAGAUGACGGUGCUGAACCUGUCCUUCGCUGCUUGUGGUUUCUUGGGGAUCUACCACUUGGGUGCUGUGGGGGCUUUUCUCCGCCACGGGGACAAGCUGCUGGGCUCCCUCAGGGCCUGUGCAGGGGCCUCAGCCGGGGCCCUGGUGGCAGCAGUAAUGAUCACGGCUCCUGACAAACUAGAGCACUGUAAGGAAUUCACCUACAGGUUUGCUGACAGCGUGAGACGACAGAGGUUCGGAGCCGUCACACCUGGAUACGACUUCAUGCUCACGCUGCGGGAGGGGAUAGAGGAGAUUCUACCCAGCGACGCUCACAGUCUGGCCACUGACCGCCUCCACGUCUCAAUAACACACUCCAAAAGCGGCGACAACCGCCUCAUAUCCAGGUUUACCUCCAGGGAAGAGCUCAUAAAGGCUCUCCUGGCCAGCAGCUUCGUGCCGGUCUACGCCGGAAUCCAAGCGGUGGAGUUCAGAGGACAGAAAUGGAUUGAUGGAGGCUUCACAGACAGCCUGCCGGUCCUGCCUGUGGGACGAACUGUCACCGUGUCCCCCUUUGCUGGGCUGCAGGAUGUGUGUCCUGUCCACAGGGGGAGCUUUAAGACCCAACUCAAGCUGGCCAACAUGAACAUAAUGUUCUCCGUGGAGAACAUCAAACGUCUGAACCAGGCUUUGUUCCCUCCAUCCGCCGGCGGCAUGCAGUCAUUAUGUCAGGAGGGGUUUGAUGACGCCGUUAGCUUCCUGAAGAGAGAGGCCUGGAUGAGCUGACAGUCGGAUCCCCUCAUGUGAAGAACUGACUUUACAACGAGCGUGAAGGAAGUACCGUAUACAGAGCUGUCAGUUAGAAUGAACAGUGUGGAUUUUACAGUAUUUAUAACUGAUUUUAGAUUUUUUUUUUUUUAAAAUGACUGACAUGCGGUGAUGUUGUAGAGAAACUUCAAACACAUUGAUCCAGCAACUCUGUGUGGACUCAAUGCUCUGUGAACUUUGUUUGCCAAAAUCCUUAAGAUACUUUUUCCAGGAUCAAGCACUGAGUGUGUAGUUAUAAAGCAUGAAAGAGCCAGUGUAUCAUUGUAAGUACUAUUAUACACACACCUCUGCUGUAUGUGACAACAGCUGUAUAUGAUCAAAAUCCCUCAUGUGAUGAACAUGGACUCUUCAUCAGUUUUCCAAGGAGGCAUUUAAUUACCCUCAGCUUGAAGCGGUGGGGGAGGAGGGGGGGAGAAAUGAUUGAAUAUUGGAGCACUUCACAGGAAGUCCACGCUGCCAUCAUGGAUGUCGGAGGCUCCCUCAGGAUGCAGGGGAUGGAGUGUCGUCUUUGAAGUGCCGGACGUUACCCGCUGGCUUUCUCUGCUGCCGGGUUACUGUUUGAUUUCCUCCAGCGUCAGGAGACGUGAGCGGGUUCUCCAUCAAGUAUCCAGUCAGUUGAACUGGUGUGUGAGAGCUGCUCCACCCUCAGGACAGAUUCGGAUGUUGUGAUGAGACAUAAAGCCUGCUGCUUCACUAAGGAGAGCUUUGCCAGGAAGGAGGCAAACUGAUUAUGUUGCACCUACACACAGUCAGGAAUUAGUGCUCAGAAUGAGUUGUUGACUUAUUACAACAUAUCAGUGAGGACUCCUGCAAGUAGAUUUGAUUUAAUCAAACAUCAAUGCUGUUUUUUGUCCCUGAUUGGGCAUUUCACAAUCAGGAUCCUGAGCCAUACACAAUCAUUUAAAACUGUGUGGGCAUAUAAGCUCUAAGACAACUCCACACCAUUAAACAUCCUGUAUGCAAUAUUUUUUUUUUAAUAUCUUGCUGUAAAUAUUUAAAACAACUUUGAAAUUGUGAGACUGUUUUCUGAAAUUAUCUACUGACUAAACAUGUUUUAUCUAUACAACUCUGGUGUAGCCUGUAAGAUCUCCAUUUGAUUUGAUUAUUUAUGGUGUUAAUAUGUUAACAUGUGAGACUUUGUGAGCUUGAUUUUGAAAUAUGCUCUUAAAAUAAAAAAGGGGAAGUAUUCUAUCCAUGCUGGUUACUGUGCAUAUAAAUAAGCUUUACAUUACAGACAAAAUAAUUA